AUGAAUAACGUUGGAGCUAUGGAUCCUGACGAUUCCAAGUUCGCAGUUCCUUUCCUGCCGAAUGGGGCUCAACAGGCUGGUAAGCAUUUGAUGGAAAUAGAUUGAGAUUUAAAAAUAAUUCAAGAAAAAAAUCUUUUUCGGUAUUUUUUUCAUUUGGUCUUGAGUUUCCGAUAAUUAGUUCUGCAUUUUUUUCUUUUUCAGAAAUCAAGUUAAAUAUUGUAAAAAAAUUUUUAGGCAACCUAAGUAAAAGCAAUAAAUGUUAGGGAGCAUGCUACAAUUUGAGUUUGUUUUAAGAUUUAUAUAUUAAAAAAAGAAUUCUUUUAUAAAAGUUUGUUGAAAAAGCUAGAAUUUUUCAAAUUUAGUUCAUGAUUUUAACAUUUUUCUGUGCAUUCUUUCAUUAGGAGUAGAUAAUUUCUACGCGCAUUCUGAAAAACCUGCAUUCAACAUGAAUAAAUUUUAUGAUUGAAGAAGAUGACAGAAACCCAAAAAACAUGAACUUUGAAAAAAAGGGGCUUUUUUUGAAGAAAAAUUUUUUUCAAUACAAACGCUUAUUAGGAUUUCACUGUUUGAAAAAUGCAAAAAUACAGCAUAGAACCAAUUUUUAAGAUUUAGUUCGAACCUGUUUAACAAGAAAAGUGGAUACAGAAGCGGUAUUUUUUUUCUUGAAAAAGGAUUUUCAAAAAUGCCUUUAAGGCAACUUCGAUAGCGUUUUUUUGUUUUUCGUAGCUGAGCUGUUUCAUAACUUGCACUUACGAGACGUGAUUAAAGGGUUGCCGAGCAACGGAAUUUGCAGGCAACGUCGCGGCGACGUCUUUUGAGCCGAUCAACGCCGUCGCCAGCACUUCCGCCGUCACUUUCGCUCAUCCGAUGGCUCCUGCGCCGCUUCGUCGACGUCGCUUCAGCACAGCCAAAAUCCAGCCUGUUGGUUUCUGAGUUUUUUGCUAUUAUGGUUGAAUGAUACGGGACAGUUUUAUAUACUGAAAGUCUUCAAUCCAAUUUUCAAACAGUUUUCGCAAGAAUGUAUCAUUUUGUGACGAAACAACACAAAAGUUGUAAGAGUUUCACUUUUAAAACAGGCUUUGUGAAAUUAUUAUUUUUUCGUCUGAUCAUUUUUUACAUCAAUAGUCCGUGUUCACUAAAAAAAUAGUAUACGAUUGCUCUAUUUACAACUCGAAUUUGUUUUUGAACAGUUUUAAAAAACCGGCUAUUUAUUUGUCGAAGUCAAGGGUUAUAACUCUCAAAAAUCGUUUUUUCUAAAGAUUUUGACUUACAACAUACAUAUAAGUCUUUGCACCAAUUUGAUAUCUCAUCGUUGAUUGAAUUUAUGGUAAACAUGUUUAUAAAAUUCUUUGGUAAUUUUGCCUUUACUAAUUGGUUUUCCAAUUACUAAUCAACUUGUUGACUAUUAAUCAUCAAGAUAAGAAUCAACGUUUCGCUUCCCGAUCUUUGAUGAAAUUAAAAAGUCAAUUUUUGGAAUCAUGUCUCUGCUCAAAGUUUUUCAUUGUGUGCAAUGAAUUCAGACUAAUUCAAUUGAUGGAAUAUGUUUUCAGACUAGAAUCAAGAAAGUGAUGCAGUCGGACGAAGAUAUCGGUCGAAUGGUGGCUUCGGUUCCCGUCAGUAUUGGCCGCGCCAUGGAACAUUUUGCCGAGAAGUUUUUGCAGGUUUCGAACUUCUCCACAAUCUAUAUUCUAACUUUUUUGUUUCCAGGCGGCUGCCGAAGCGACGCAGUGCAGCAACUCGAAGACACUCACCCCUCAACACAUGUCAGUUUUUCUUAUUCUUAAAAAGAUUUUUGUUUAGGUAAAAUUUAAUCACGCUCUUUGAAGUUCUGAAAGUUUAUUUUUGCAGAUAACGAAGCAGCGAACUUGAGGAAAAUUUUUUUACCUCACUUUUUUUUGAAAGCUUUUUAUUUUAUUAUUGACACGGGAAAUUUAAUCAUCGAUGUGUCAGCUUUACCUUUGCGGUCCCUAGGUAAAAGCUUGAGUUUUACGCGCGAGUUUGAAAUUUCAGUAAAAAAUGCCUGAAUAACUCCAAAAUUUUGAAGCUCAUGUUUGAUUUCUGACUUUAAAGGAAACAAGCGAUGCUCGCCACCCCGUAUUUCUGUUUUCUGGAGCCUUUGCUGAAAGAAAUUCCUCUCGCGCCUUCGGCUGUUGACGCCGCCAUGGUCAAGUUCCAUUCCAACGUCAGGGUAUGGUAUACCGAAGAAUCGACCAACACUGAACGAUGAAUUUGAGGAGCAACAGAAUCUGGCGGAGCUGAAGGCGGCGGCGGCGCAGAUGUCGCCCAUGUGUUCGCCGGUGUUGGGACCGCCUCCGCCGUGGAUUCCCAACCAUUUCCAGCCCAUGGUCUACGGCAAUCCGGGGAUGAAUGGCGUCGCCGAUCCGCAGUCAUUUUCCCCGAUCUUCUAUCCGCCCAGUGACGAGGCUUUGAAAAAUGUCCGUUUUCUGUGCGCUGAGGAUUUUUAGAAGCGGACAGUGGCUGUAGGAACAAACCCACAGAAAAAACCUCUUUCGUACUUAACCUUUCUUUUUUUUUUAAAGAUUAAUGCGACUUGAUCUCGAUUACUCGAGUUAUGUUUUUUUCAAGAAAAAAAUCAAGAAAGAAAAAAAGAAAAGUAGGCGAAAAAAAGUGAAAAAGAAAAAAAUUAGAUAAUUCUGGCAUUUUUUUGGAUAUAGUGGAACUUUUUUUGAUUAUUUAAUUACUGGAAAGCGUAAUUAAAAAAAUUUUUUUAGCUCCCUGUAAGACUUUUUUAUUCUUAAAAUGAUCGAUUUUUUCUGUCAAAAAGCGAAAAGCGGAGUAAAAUAUGAUUGGAUUCAGUCUAAGUUCAGAUAAUUUGUGAACCUUUUCAGAUGCAGUUGGCGUCUCCAACAGAACCCAAUGGAUAUACUCAAGAGGUGAGCGCUCCAUCGAAACGAGCCAAUGGAAAAAGAGUUUCGACGGACGUCUGUCCAGAGACCGAGCCAACCGAAAAACCGAAAAGAGGGCGGCCCAAAAAGAAGAAACCGGAAAAGUGCGCUUCCCUCAACUUGUAAGGCAAAUAAGUAAACUGUUUCUAGGUGUAUUGACGAGGCCCUUUUUGUGGAGGCGACCUCGAAAAUCGAAAAAGAAGACAAGGAUCGCGAGCUGAUGCCUCCUCCAGCUCUGCCUUUCGCUGUUCCGGCUCUUCCGGUCAAAAAAUAA